AUUGAUGGAGUUGGCAUGGGAGAUUAUGAGAGUAGACGCGGCUUCGAAGUAAUCCAAGAUCUAAGAAUGUGGAUACGAGGGCCUUCAAUAGAAGUCAAAAGGAUGGCAGAAAAUAUUGGAGCAGAGUAUAAUUAUGACUCAGACGUUUAUGAAAUCUCAUGCGACGCCAAAUUUCCCGACUUCAACAUUUUCGUUGACAAUAAAAUCUUAGCAAUCACAUACGACAAGCUGAUUAUUGAGUUAGACGGUGACCCUUGCGUACUCGCUCUUGUACCAAUAAAUGAUGACGUGAACGCUACGCAAUGGUAUAUUGGUGCACCGUUUUUACGUCAAUACUGUACCGUCUUUGAUGUACGCAGGAAGCGCCUUAGUUUCGCUAAAGUGAAACCCAUAGAGUCGAAUACUACUACAACACCAUGGACACGACGUACUCGUACUAGAAAAACGUCGACAACCAGUCUCUCUACCAGAACAACGUAA